AUGACUUCCUCGUCAGUACGAUUGACCUGGCAGCCACCAUGCCAGACCACCAAUCUCUCGAACCAGUAUCUUGUCACCGUCUACCAUGGCACCCACAACAAGACCUAUACGGUGCAGACGCUGGAGCUCAACGUAACUGACCUGAAGCCGCUGACCAUUUACAAUUUCACCGUGCAAGCAAUCGGGAAGGAUGGUGUCCCUGUUAGCAGUGCCGCCUUUGAUUCCACCAGAACCCUACCCCACGGU